CUCAACGAGCUCUUCCCAUUAACGACACCCGCGAGCGGGCAAAUUCUACACCAGGCAAGCGCGUAUAUCAUGGCUUUUGGUGCACCUGGAGGACGAGGCGGAUUUGGAGGAAGAGGACGGGGAGGUGAUCGUGGAGGUGGUCGUGGUGGAAGCCGUGGAGGAAGAGGUGGUGGUGGCGUCCGUGGAGGUGGUGUUCAGAGUCGAGGCGGACGAGGAGGAGGAAGAGGCGGUGACCGUGGUGGAGGCAGAGGCAGAGGUGCUCCACGAGGUAGGGGUGGAGGUCGUGGCGGAGGACGAGGCGGUGCCAAAGGAGGUUCCAACACUGUCCUCGAGCCUCACAGACAUCCUGGCGUCUUCAUCGCCAAAGGCAAAGAGCACCUCCUCGUCACGAAAAACCUCGUUCCAGGUGAAUCUGUAUACGGAGAGAAACGGAUAUCUAUUGAAGGUGGUGUCGACGGUACCAAGGUCGAGUACAGGGUGUGGAAUCCUUUCCGGAGUAAAUUGGCUGCUGGAGUGUUGGGUGGUCUGGAUGAUAUUUUCAUUGCUCCCGGAAAAAAGGUGUUAUACCUCGGUGCUGCCAGCGGAACGAGUGUGAGCCAUGUUGCUGAUAUCGUUGGACCGGAAGGCGUUGUAUAUGCGGUCGAAUUCUCAUUACGAUCCGGCCGUGACCUCAUCGGUAUGGCCAAGAAGCGAACAAAUGUUAUCCCUAUCGUUGAAGAUGCCCGUAUGCCGCAAAAAUACCGGAUGCUGCUAUCACAGGUCGAUGUCAUCUUCGCCGAUGUUGCGCAGCCUGACCAGGCUCGUAUCGUCAUCUUGAAUGCGGAGCAUUUCCUCAAAGUCGGCGGACAUGUGGUUAUAUCAAUAAAGGCCAGCUGUAUCGAUUCAACGGCGGCCCCCGAUGCUGUCUUUGCAUCAGAAGUUGCAAAGCUGCAAAAAGAACAUUUCAAACCUCUAGAGCAGGUUCCCCUGGAACCUUACGAGCGAGAUCACGCUAUGGUAUCAGCCGUCUACCUGCGGCACGGUGCACCUAGCGCUUGAUUUCUUUGUUACUUUGCGUUCCGCCGUAUCCAGCUUCAGGGCCUUGAACAGUGUUGUCUUGAAUGGGCACCAUCUUGGGCAAUUUGGAUACCUUUUCCCAUCUACAAAAGUAUCUGGUAUAGCGUGCUGCCGUACAACUGAUUUUUUGCUGUCCAUCUAUUUAAUUCUAUAAAUGUAGAUCUUGAUGUAUUCCAUGGGUUUCGUACACUGAAAAAUUGGGAGUGAGCU